CUGAAAAAGCAAACUUGUCAGGGUCAUCCAGCAUCCAAAGACUUAGGGCUUCCCACGGGCCGAGCCCUGGCUGUCACAACACCAAAUGUGCCAAUCCGUCAGCUCCUGUGGGCCAGUCUACUGUCAUCCCUCCCCUUUAUAAGAGAAGGACUCUGACAGGGAGAGCCCAAAGCUGCCCAAACCUACAACAGAGAUACAGCAUACAGAGACAUACAGCAGACGCAUCCAGGAAAGGUCUGAACAAACCUCACAGCUCAAGUCGGAACAAAAAGGAGAGGAUGCAGAUCUUAUUCUGUCUGGUCGCAGCUCUGACACUAGUCAGUCGAAUCUCAGCAAGAAACUUAAGAGAGAAAAGACAGAAUGUCUACGUGUUUACUACAGAUGAUACAAGUACAGAGCAUUCUUCUCUUUGCCUCAAUGGUGGCAGUGCCUUAAUCUACGAGGGGGAGCAUGUCUUGUGCAUCUGUCCCGAUGGAAUCUCGGGAGAGUUCUGUGAAAAAGUCGCCUCUCCUCCCGCUGCUGCUUCUGCCAACUGCUACAGUGGAAUUGGGCUUUUUUACGAGGGCACAGAGUCUCGGUCCCGGAGCGGUCGGAGAUGUCUCAGGUGGAACUCCGACAUCAGUAAUGGAAAUACGUGGACGUCUAGUUUAAAACGGAACUACUGCAGGAAUCCCGACUACAGCCGUAAGCCAUGGUGUUACGUAAAAACAGCAUUUGGUACCAUUAAAGAAUACUGCAACAUCCAACCCUGUGCUAGUGUGCCUGUAUGGCCAACAUCUUAUCCCAGCAACCCAGACAAUGCUAGACCAAGUGUCCCUCAACCCACCCAACCAGGCACUGAGCCCACCUGUGGCGAGAGACAAAACAAGCUGAUGAAGAUCGUGGGUGGAUCCGUGACACCUGUGGAAUCCCAGCCAUGGAUGGCAGCCAUCUACUGGAAGAGUUCCUCCCGCCGGAAGUCCUUCCUCUGCGGAGGCAGUCUAAUCGCCCCCUGCUGGGUGCUCACGGCAGCACACUGCUUCCCCGAUGGUCAGAGGACCAAAGCCAACAAAGUGUCUGUGAUCCUUGGGAAGAAUGCUAUCAACGAGACAGCAAUGAAUGAACAAACAUUUGACGUCUCUGAAGUAAUUGUUCACGAGGAAUUUGACAACAGUCAGGGAAGCUUCAAUAAUGACAUAGCCCUUCUGAAGAUCCAGUCUUCGACUGGACAGUGUGCCAAGGAAUCCAAAACCGUGAGGACAGUGUGCCUACCAGUGGCCAAUCAGAUUCUGCCUGCCGGAGAUGCCUGUGAAAUCGCUGGGUAUGGGAAAGAGAAAGAGGGUUUAUGGUACUAUUCCCAGUAUUUGAGAGAGGGGAAAGUGGACCUCAUAUCCCAGGACGUGUGCUCCAGUAAAACAUACUACGGAAACAUGAUCACAGACAACAUGUUCUGUGCGGGCAGCCCCAACUGGUCCACAGAUGCUUGCAAGGGAGACUCCGGGGGUCCGCUGGUCUGCGGAGUGAACGGUCGCAUGGUGCUCUUCGGCGUCAUCAGCUGGGGGGACGGCUGUGCCAAGGCAUUCCGUCCGGGGGUGUACACCAGAGUUAGCAACUACAACAGCUGGAUCGCCAAACACUCGGGUCAGGUCUCUCCGAAAGCAGACACGACGCGUUUACGGGAGUGAGGGGGGCGGGCGAGGGGCUCAUCCCACUUCCGAGCUGUGACAUGCCGUCUGACUGCGUUAAUCAUUGAGAGUUUCUCACCGUGAUGGGUUAUGAGUCUGCUGUGUAGCAGAUAAGGAGAGGUUGUCAACACAAAGCUCUUUUGAGCCAGUUGAAAGUAGUGUGUCAGACAUUUUCUUCUAACAUGUAACAACAUGACUUGUUUUCAUGAAAAAAAACAAGAAAUAAAAUUAGGACUACACAAUCUAUCUCAGAACUAAUCCGUUCACAUCACUACUAGAGAAACUAGCCUACUAGAGAAGGUCAUAAGUUCAGUGACACAUGGUUUUAGUUGGAAGCAAUUUUGGUGUGUGUCAGAACGUUCCUGAGGGAAAAACUGCGAAUGUCAGACAUGCUACCAGUACUCUUGGUGCUGUAAAAAUCUUGUGGUUGAUUCAUGUAAUCCACUAAUUAACUUAUUUAACUAUAUAAGUCUGGAAUUGUACACACGUUUGUACCUUCAGCCUCAACUACUCCCACACUAUACCACAAGUUGUCGCAUGAACCCUCUCAACUAUAUCAUAGUGUAGGAGGUCACGUUGUUUUAUAUGCUGAAUCAUUUAAAACGCUUCUGCAAAAGUCUAAUUUAGAUUUGGGGCGAACUUAGCCAUCGUCACCUUUCUGUGAAUCACUGCUGCUUUAGUUUUUAUCUCAAUCUUGAACCAUGACCACUGCUAUUUCAUGUCUAUAUAUUAUAUAAUGUAAAUAGAGUAUAUUUUAUAUCUACUUUGUGUGUGCAGUGUGUGUCAUUACUUUUAUCAAAUGUGCAGUUGCAGUUUAUGUUUUCCUUCUCUUUUUUUAUGUGACACUUUUAUCAAAUAAAUUAUUUUCUCAUAGUU